AUGUCUAAUAUGGAUUCAGUACAAGAGUUAAUAGCUGCAGGUGAAAGGUUAGGUUACAAAGAUGAUGAGUUGAAAAAAUAUGUUAGUGAUCAACAGAAAUUUCAGAGAGAAGAGAGAGCAGGAAUUCGUCAGAAAGAAAAAGAUGAAAGAGAACAUCAACUUAUGAUGGAACGUUUGUACUACGAAAUGAAAAUGAAGGAGUUAGAAGAGGAACACGAGUUAGAAAUGACAGAGAGAACUGCUAGAGGUACGGCUGUUGACGCAAUGGUUAAACCCAAUUUUCCCAAAAUUCCUCCAUUCGAAGAGAAUAAAGAUGAGAUUGAUAGCUAUUUGAGAAGGUUUGAGAGAUAUGCGACCGCUAUGGGUUGGGACAAAUCGUUGUGGUCUACACAUUUAAGUGCUCUGUUGAAAGGACGAGCUUUGGAUGUCUAUGCUCUCAUGUCUACAGCAAAAGUCAGUGAUUACGAUGAGCUCAAAGCAGCUUUACUUCGAAGGUACGAAAUGACCGAAGAUGGUUUCAAGCGAAAAUUUGAAUUGUCAGUCUUUCUUAAGCAAAACGUUCCAAAGACAGCUGAUGAGAUGUGUACACUGGCCGAUCAGUUCAGGGAAGCAAGGAAUACAAGUGCUAUAAACCUAUGUUCAAAGGUCAUGCGGAAACCAGCUGAAGUAAACAAAAUACCAGAGAAACCAAAAGAAGGACACCUUCAACAACCACAGAAGUCAAGGUUUGUUCCAAUAAAUGAGAGAAAGUGUUAUAUUUGUAAUAAACACGGUCAUAUAGCACCACAAUGCAAAUUCAGAAACAGAAAUUCUAGUGCAUCAGUAUAUGCGCAGGACGACCAAGACAAACAAGCCACUUGUCAAGCUACUGCAAAGAAUUGCGCUGCUCUUAUCUACACCCAAAGUCCAUCAAUUUAUACUCAAGUAAGUGACAUAACACCUGUCUUAACAUCUGCUUGUCACUCUGUGAAAAAACCAAUGCCACUCUCAGCGGGUUACGUUGAUGGUCAACCAGUAACGUUACUUAGAGAUUCUGGUUGUCGGAACAUUGUAGUACGGAAAAGUCUUGUUAGAGAUGACCACUUUACAGGUAAACAAGAAACUUGUAUUCUAGCAGAUAGUACAAGGAUAGUGGUCCCAGUGGCAAAAGUUAUUAUUGAUUCUCCUUAUGCAUCUGGUGAAUAUGAAGUUUGGUGUAUGGAUAACCCUGUAUUUGGUUUGAUCAUAGGUGAAGUAGAUAAUGCAAGAAAACCACAUGAUCCAGAUCCAGAAUGGAAACCAAACACUGUGUCUACUGUGGAGACGCGAAAGCAGGUAAAAGACAAACAGAAAGCAUACCCACCACUCAAGGUUCCUGAAAUCGUCAAAGAGGAAAUCAGUCCUGAGGACAUACUGCGAGAACAACAAGCAGAUCCUUCGCUAGAAACAGCACGUCAGUAUGCAAGAGAAGGUCGAACAUCACGUGAUGGCAAAGUAAAAUGGAUUGAAAGGAAAGGUUUACUGUACCGUGAAUAUGAAGGAUUAGAAAAAGAUAGAGGUAAAACCUAUUGUCAGCUCAUUGUUCCUGCAACGUUUCGCCAUAUUGUAAUGAAGUUGGCUCAUGAAUCAAUUAUGUCAGGGCACUUAGCAAUACAGAGAACGAUUUCUAGAAUUUUGUCAGAAUUCUUUUGGCCAGGUAUGCAGUCCGAGAUCAAACGGUUCUGUCAAUCUUGUGAUACCUGUCAAAGGACAGUGUCAAAAGGAAAGGUGAGUAAAGUUCCGUUAGAUAGCAUGCCUUUGAUAGAUGUACCUUUCAAAAGAGUUGCAGUCGACAUUGUGAGUCCAUUACAUCCUCCUACUGAUAAAGGUAAUCGCUUUAUUUUAACGUUAGUAGAUUACGCUACAAGGUUUCCACAAGCCAAGGCUCUUCCUGGAAUAGAUACAGAGCGGGUAGCUGAAGCUCUUCUCGAAAUGUUUUCUUAUACAGGCAUACCAGAGGAAAUCUUGACAGACAUGGGAAGUCAGUUUACUUCAGGGCUUAUGAAGGAGGUAAGUAUGCUCAUUUCAUUGAAACAGCUGACCACUACGCCAUAUCACCCUAUGUGUAACGGGCUAGUGGAACGUUUCAACGGUACACUCAAACAAAUGCUGAAGCGUAUGUGUAUAGAUAGACCGAAAGAUUGGGAUAAAUAUUUACCCACUGUGCUUUUUGCAUAUCGGGAGGUUCCCCAAGAAAGCCUCGGGUUUGCUCCCUUUGAGUUAUUGUAUGGCCGUACUGUUCGGGGACCAAUGACAAUUCUGAAAGAAUUGUGGACAAAAGAAAUCCAAGAUCGGCAGGUAAAGUCUACAUACCAAUACGUUUUAGAUCUCCGAGAGCGGUUAGAAUCAACAUGGGAGUUAGCGCAGGAGAAUCUGAAGAAAGCAACACAUAGACAUAAAGUGUACUUUGACAAGAAGGCUAGAGUGCGGAAUAUGAAACCAGGUGAGAAAGUUUUGGUUCUUUUACCAUCUGAUAGUAACAAGCUCCUAAUGCAGUGGCAAGGUCCAUACCAAAUAGUGAAAAGAUUAGGUAAAGUAGACUAUCAGUUAGAAGUAAAGGGCAAAGUAAAGACAUAUCAUGCACACAUGUUGAAGAAAUAUGUAGAAAGAUGUGAACCAGUUGUGGAUUGUGUUAUGUCAGUUGUAGAUUCAGAACAGAUUGAUGACUCAGAUGUUGAGUGUAGUCAAGAAACAGAUUUCUUGGAAGUUCAGUCUCGAGAAACACACGUUGAUGUAGAUGUAAAUCCAGAGCUUAGUAGAGAGGAAAAGCAGAAAAUGAAAGAACUUCUGUACAGGUAUAGUGAUGUUUUGUCAGACGUACCAGGGCAUACGCAUGUACUCGAACAUGAGAUACGGACGACAACAGAUAGACCUGUAAGAGUAAGUCCAAGACAAAUCCCGUUCGCUAUGAUGGACACUGUUAAAGAUGAGGUGAGCAAGAUGCUAGAAUUUGGGGUCAUAGAACCUUUAGAUAGUCCCUAUUCAUCCCCAAUAGUCCUUGUAGUCAAGAAAGACCACACUUAUCGCUUUUGUGUUGAUUUUAGGGCUCUCAAUCGUAUCACUGUGUUUGACGCUGAACCAAUGCCAGAUGUCGAUGCAAUGUUUGCUAAACUAUCAGGUGAUAAGUAUUUUUCUCGCACCAGCAACUUUUUGUCGUCUCAUGCGUGA